AUUUCUUCUGAACAGAUUCCAAAAACGAAAAAAAUAAACAAAACGCGAAAAACUGAAUUUAAGCUAUAUUUAAGGGAUACUUAUUUCCUAGAAGCGAUUUGAUAUAAGUCGUCCAGCAUGAAGACUGUUUUAAUGGUGGCUGAAAAGCCAAGUUUGGCGGCAUCGCUAGCUAAUAUCCUGUCGAAUGGAAAAGCUACAUCCCGUAAAGGCUUUAAUGGAGCUUGCUCUGUGCAUGAAUGGGUAGGAACAUUUCGUGACUCGUCAGCAAAGUUUAAAUUCACAAGCGUUUGUGGACAUAUCAGUGGAUUAGAUUUCGUUGGGAAAUUUAACUCUUGGGAUAAAUGUGAUCCAAUUGACUUGUUUUCGUGCCCAACUGAGAAAAAGGAUGCAACACCAAAGUUAAAGAUGCCCCAGUUCCUUGCAUCGGAAGCUAAAGGAUGUGACUAUCUUGUUUUAUGGCUCGAUUGCGAUAAAGAAGGUGAAAACAUCUGUUUUGAAGUCAUGGAUGCUGUAUCCAGUUGCAUUAGAAAUGUUCGAUCGACAUCAGUUACUUUUCGUGCUAAGUUUUCUGCCAUUACUGAAAAAGAUAUUAAGAAUGCCAUGGCAACAUUACAAUUUCCAAAUGAAAAUGAGUCAAGAUCAGUUGAUGCACGACAAGAGCUUGAUUUACGCAUUGGAUGUGCGUUCACUCGUUUUCAAACGAAAUUCUUUCAAGGCCGUUAUGGAGAUUUAGAUUCGUCUUUAAUCUCUUUCGGACCAUGCCAAACACCGACAUUAGGAUUUUGUGUACAACGACAUGAUGAAAUUCAGCAAUUUAAGCCUGAAUCAUUUUGGUAUGUCCAAGUGACUGUUGAUCCAGAACAGAAGCUUGAAUGGCAGCGUGUAAGAAUUUUUGAGAAAGAAGUAGCCAUGAUUUUCUAUAAUAUGGUGAAGGAACAAAAAGAAGCAAUUGUUGAAAGUGUCACGUCCAAAGAUAACUUUAAAUCAAGACCAUUAGCAUUGAAUACUGUAGAAUUAAUGCGUUCAGCAUCGUCAGGCUUAGGAAUUGGUCCACAUGUUGCAAUGCAAAUUGCAGAGAAACUGUAUACUCAAGGUUACAUCUCAUAUCCCCGUACUGAAACUACAACAUAUCCAACAAAUUUCGAUUUACGUGGAGUUUUAAAAUUAUUUGAACGAUCGAAUGAGUAUGGAGAUGAAGCAAAAAAUGUAAUGAAUGAUUUUGUGCAGCCAAAAAAAGGAACUGAUUGUGGAGACCAUCCUCCAAUUACGCCGAUGAAGAUGGCUAAUAGGUCUGAUUUCGAUGGAGAUACAUGGAGAGUUUAUGACUAUAUUGUACGUCAUUUUAUUGGAACUCUUUCGCGAGAUCUUAAGUAUAAAAGCACAACAGCCAAGUUUAUUAUUGAUGGAGAAAUUUUUACAUCCACAUCGAAUGUUCUCAUUGAUGCCGGAUAUACAAAAGUUAUGACAUGGCAAGCCUUUGGUAAAAAUGAAUUAUCUAAUCCAUACAAUAAGGGCGAUCGUGUUUUAAUCAAGGAUGUUAAGUUGAUUGAGAGUCAAACUGGACCUCCGAGUUACUUAACGGAAUCUGAUUUAAUCUCCUUAAUGGAAAAGCACGGAAUUGGCACUGACGCGAGCAUUCCCGUUCAUAUUAAUAACAUUACACAAAGAAAUUACGUUUCUGUUGAAGCUGGUCGUCGCUUAAAGCCAACAACUCUCGGAAUUGUGUUGGUUCAUGGAUAUCAAAAGAUUGAUCCUGAACUUGUUUUGCCAACAAUGAGAUCGGCUCUUGAAAAGCAGUUAAACUUGAUUGCACAUGGCACAGCUGAUUUUCGUGCUGUUUUAAAGCAUGCUAUUGAAAUCUUUCGACUUAAGUUCCAAUAUUUUGUCACAAAUAUCACCAAUAUGGACUCGCUUUUUGAAGUCUCAUUCUCGUCAUUAGCUGAUUCUGGUAAAUCACAUAGCAGAUGUGGUAAAUGUAGACGAUACAUGAAAUAUAUUCAGCAAAAACCAGCACGUCUUCAUUGUUCUCAUUGCGAUGAGACUUAUUCACUUCCAGUUGGAGGAAUCGCGCGUGUUUAUCGUGAAUUGAAAUGUCCACUUGAUGAUUUUGAGCUCCUUGCAUGGAGUAGUGGAAAUAAAGGACGUUCAUUUCCAUUUUGUCCAUAUUGCUAUAACAAUCCACCAUUCCCUGAUAUGACACGAGCUUCAGGAUGUAAUAAUUGCACACAUCCAACUUGUCAACAUUCUCUUACCAAUCUUGGCGUUUCAUCGUGUAUAGAAUGCGAUAAAGGAGUUCUCGUACUCGACUGCACAUCAUCACCAAAGAAUUGGAAAUUGGGAUGCAAUUCAUGUGACUGUAUAAUCAAUAUCUUUGAUGAUGCAUUAAAAGUAACCGUUGACGAAGAUACAUGCGAAUGUGGCUCACAAUUGGUCACGGUAGCAUAUAAGCAAGAGAAAACACCAUUUGCUGAUGGCGAUGACAAAAAGACUGGCUGUAUAUUCUGCUUUAAUGAAUUUAUGCCGCUAAUUGAGAAGCAUAAAGCCGUUGAGAAUAGACGGUUGAAUUCAUCACGUGGUGGUCGAUCUAGUCGUGGAAGAGGAAAAGGUAGACCUAAUCGUGGACGUCCAAAACCACCAAAAGAUAAGAUGGCACAACUUGCUGCAUAUUUUGUGUAAAAAUAUCAUUUCCGUUUUUUUACAAUAAAUAAAUAUUGUAAAUCAAUUCAUGUCAAAGUCCAAAAUACACUAGUAUUGUGCAAUCGAAUAAUAAAGUUGAAAAGUUGACUUGAUGCAGGAAUUUUAUCCAGUUUUUUGAACUUGCGCUAAAAACAAAAUUCACGUGAUUGAGGCCGUAAAGUUUAUAAUAUAUUCUUAAUAUAUAAACACUCGUAAAUAUCACAACCAGAUUUUAUGUCUACGCGAAAAGAGCCUUUUUAGGCUGCAAACCUGUUCUGUUCUGUUGGGAACCAAACUGGAUUGAGAUUAGUCAUCGCUUAGAAAUAAGAAAAUGUUUUACGUUGAAUAAAUUAAGAAGGA